UCAUCACGAGACAAGAGAGAGAGGUUGACGCAGCACGUCGCUCGUCGCCACUUCCUCGCGACACCAACCAGGCGCCACGUCGUCGCAGAGGCAGAGCCCGGCUCCCGCCAUGGCGCCGAGGCUGGAGCGCGGGGGGUUCCAACUCCCGAACGCCGAGCAGGAGAACUCGCUCCUCCUCCGCGCGCUCAUCUCCGUGGUGUCCGGGGACAACGCCGUGCCCGCGUUGGAACCAGAGGAGGCGCCGCCGGCCGUGGCUGCUGCGGCUCCCGCUCCCGCUCCCGCUCCCUCUCCUGCCGUGGCGUGCGCCGGGUGCGGCGCGGACGGGUGCGCCGCUGGCUGCGAGCUCCUCGCCGCGGCGGGGACCGGGUCGAGCAGCGACAGCGAGGACGGGGGAGAGUGCUCCGCGAGCCGCGCGGUCACCGGAGGCGUGGGCAAGCGGCGGAGGAGGAUGAGGGUGAGCAAGUACCGUGGCGUGCGGCGGCGGCCGUGGGGCAAGUGGGCGGCGGAGAUCCGCGACCCGCACCGCGCCGUGCGCAAGUGGCUCGGCACCUUCGACACCGCCGAGGACGCCGCGCGCGCCUACGACGUCGCCGCGGUCGAGUUCCGGGGCCAGCGCGCCAAGCUCAACUUCCCGGCCGCCCAAGCUGCUGCCGUGGCCCCGGCUCCGGCAUCUUCUUGGGCGCCGACCUCGACGUACCACCACCUGACGCCGCAGCCGCUGCCCGAGAGCCUCCACGAGAACUGCGGGUCGAACGCGGCGUCGCCGGCGCCGGCGGGGCAGCAAGGCACGAGGUCCGCGGCGAAGGAGCAGGACAUCUGGGACGGGUUGAACGAGAUCAUGAUGAUGGACGACGGGAGCUUCUGGUCGUCCAUGCCAUGAACCCGCAGCGUCGUCAUCCGUCAAUUCUUCCUCUUGUUUUCACUUUCGCAAGAUUCCUAGAUUUUCCCAUUUCGUUGUGAUUGAAAAACGAGUUGAAGAAGAAACAAACAUUAGCAGCUAGAUCCUACACCUUUCGCGAGAUCUUUUGACA